AUGUCACUUCCAAGUAAUUAUGUCGGUAAUUGUAAGGAUGUAGAACAGGAUCUCAGUGAUGGCUGGUCCAAAGUUGGUGAUGAAGACCAAUCGACUACCUUAACUGAUGAUAUAACACAAAAGUUGGAUUGUUCUGAAGAAGUUGAUAAAGAUGACCAGAAGACUUCGUCAUCAACUAAUAAAUGGAUUCAGAAAAUUUCUACAAAAGUUUUAACCGCUUUAACAACUAAAGAAAAAAUUGAUGUUUUUAAACAUUUCAAUUUCAAUAAAUUGACCGCUUUCCAAAAAAUUUGUCGUUAUUUUAAUAACUUUAUUAAUGAAAAUAAAAAUGAAUUGGCACGGGAUUAUUUAAAUAUUAGAAUUGUGGAUAAAUUAGUUAUGCCGAAAGGACCUUAUUUUAAAUAUAAGGAACUUAAUAUUAAAGUAAAAUCUUAUGACUUUGUAUUAAACGAUGACCUAAAGAAAAAGGUUAGAAUCAGUUUUUAA